CUACCCAAACCCUCCGCAACAUCGAACGAGGGCCAAUUGAGCAAUAUGACAGUCGUUGAAACUGUGAAGUCGGCCGUUGGCCUUAGUGAUGCGUCUACUCCUGCGACAAGGGCCCAGAUGUCCGAGGCCAAGCUGCCUAUGGCAUACAGAGACUCCUGCGCCAACCUCCUCAUCCCCCUAAACCGCUGCCGCUACGAGGAAUACUACUUGCCAUGGAAGUGCGAGACAGAGAGACACAGCUACGAGAAGUGCCAGUACGAGGAAUUCAAGAAGCGCGUCGCGAAGAUGGAUGAGCUCAGAGCCGCGAAGGGCGGAGAGAGGAGUAACUAGAAGUGGGAAGCCUUGGGUUGUGUGCAUGGGUGUAUAUAGACUGGAAUGGAAC